AUGGAAAGCUACCCGACCCGAACAGAUAUUCCGCCAUGGGUGAAAAUUCCCGAAGAUCUGCAAGAUCCAGAAGUAUUCCAAGUCCAGACUCUGCUGCUAAAUUCUCUGUUUGGCCCACAGGGAUCUCGAAUCCCUUACAUCGAGCAGGUGAGCCAGGCCAUGUUCGAGCUAAAGACUCUGGAAUCUUCCGAACUCACUGAGGUCCUAGUUUAUGGCUCUCACAACAACAAGCUUCGGGCCAAAUGGAUGCUUCAAUCCAUGGCUGAGAGGUGCCGCCUGCGCCAGGAGAGAGGAAUGCUCAAGCUGGAGGAAGCCAUGAAGACCCUGGAACUAGGCCAGUGUGGAGAGUGA